AAAAAUAAGUUAAAUAAAUAAGUAAUUUAGUUGCAUUUCAUGGAAUCAUGUUUGUCUAACUAUAAAUAUCGGUAGGUGGAUUACAAGAUUACAAGCUUUGAGUGUUGAGUCAUACUAGUCUGCCAGUGUGUGCGCACCAGAAAAUUCUUGCAACCUCCUCUGCGCAUUCCUUCAAUCAGUUAAAAAGGAAAAAUGGCGAGGAAGAAGAUCAGAGAGUAUGACUCCAAGAGACUGUUGAAGGAGCAUUUCAAGAGGAUUUCUGGAUCCGAUUUGGAAAUCAAAUCUGCCCAGGUGACCGAGUCUACUGACUUUAAUCAACUAGUGGACAAGGAGCCCUGGCUUUCAUCUACAAGAUUGGUUGUUAAACCAGAUAUGCUGUUUGGGAAACGUGGUAAAAGUGGUCUUGUUGCUUUGAACCUGGAUUUGGCUGGAGUUGCUGCUUUUGUGAAAGAGCGACUUGGCAAAGAGGUAGAGAUGGGGGGCUGCAAAGGACCCAUUACUACAUUCAUUGUCGAACCAUUUAUUCCCCACAAUGAGGAAUUCUACCUAAACAUUGUCUCUGAUAGGCUUGGUUGUAGCAUUAGCUUUUCGGAAUGUGGAGGAAUUGAUAUUGAAGAGAACUGGGACAAGGUCAAAACUAUAUUCGUUCCAACAGGUGUAUCCUUUACAUCAGAGCUCUGUGCUCCACUUGUGGCAACUCUUCCCUUAGAGGUCAAACCUGUAAUUGAGGAGUUCAUCACAUUCAUCUAUGCUCUGUUUUUAGAUUUGGACUUCACUUUCCUUGAGAUGAAUCCUUUCACCUUGGUUAACGGGAAGCCUUAUCCUUUGGAUAUGAGAGGCGAGCUUGACGAUACCGCUGCUUUCAAGAACUUCAAAAAAUGGGGAAAUAUAGAAUUCCCAAUGCCAUUUGGAAGAGUUAUGAGUCCAACAGAGAGCUUUAUUCACGGACUUGAUGAGAAGACAAGUGCAUCUUUGAAGUUCACCGUCUUGAACCCCAAAGGGCGAAUCUGGACUAUGGUUGCCGGAGGAGGUGCAAGUGUCAUCUAUGCUGAUACAGUUGGAGAUCUUGGUUUUGCUUCUGAGCUUGGGAACUAUGCGGAAUACAGCGGCGCUCCCAACGAGGAGGAAGUCUUGCAGUAUGCCAGAGUUGUGAUUGAUUGUGCAACUGCAGAGCCUGAUGGCAGAAAGAGAGCCCUCGUGAUAGGUGGUGGAAUAGCCAACUUCACUGACGUUGCUGCUACAUUCAGUGGUAUCAUCCGAGCUCUAAGAGAAAAGGAAGCAAAACUCAAGGCUUCUAGAAUGAGCUUGUACGUCCGAAGAGGAGGGCCUAAUUACCAGAAGGGACUCGAGAAAAUGAGAAUUCUUGCUGAAGAAAUAGGCAUUCCUAUCGAGGUAUAUAUAUCCAUUGUCGUGGUUGAAACCUGCGCAAAUUGUUCCAAGGCAAAAAAAGCUUACUGUUUGAUUUGUUUGGGAUGUAGGUUUAUGGACCUGAGGCAACCAUGACUGGAAUCUGCAAACAGGCUAUUGAAUGCAUCAGUGCAGCUGCUUGAAGUUGCUGAAUCUGAUUACCAACUAUUUUAUCUGCUUUUUAUUGUCAAUUUACCCAAAGUUUCCAACCAUUUUCGAUUGUAUUUCUUCACUGUUUUCAUAAAUGGGCCUCAAGAAAUUGGUCUGUAUCCCCUUUUUUCACUUAUCUCGCGAGUCAGAAGGUCAAGGAUUUGUUAUGAAUGCUGUAGUCGAAAUUGCAUGAGAUUCUGUUUUUUACUUUCUUUGUAUAUGCAUAAUAUUGUACUGAUAAGAUUAAUACAACGAAUCAACGAUUUAAAAUAAA